AUGCGCAUUUUCUUUGGUAUUGCAGAAGCACGUGAAGGAUUUCUCAUCCACCAGGCUGCGCAAAACAAAUGCAUCUCAAUUGAAAAUGAAAAGAUCACCGCAAAAUCGUGCAACCCAAUGACGGAUAAUCAAAGAUGGCGGUGGACACAAUAUAACCAACUUCAAAAUAUUCUCAAUCAAACAUGUCUCAGCGUACGUGAAACAGCAGUAGACUGGGUCCGCUUGAAAUUGUCCACGUGUAAUCGCCAUAACAAGUAUCAAGUGUGGGUGUGCGUAAAUGACUUAGUCAGGUUAAAUGGCACAAUACUAAAUGUAAAUUAUGGCAAUGCCGAAGGAAGAGACAAUGUUGUGUUGUACCAGGGGACUUAUCAGUUUAGUAAGUGGAAGGUCUAUGGAGAAAACGUGCGUGUAUGCGAAAAACGGCCGCAAGGUAUAUUGAAGAUAAGUAGAGAUGUCAUGUGUUGCACGCUUGCAUCAUUUCCAGGAGCGAGUUUUGACUCAGUAGUUGUUAGGGCAUGUGCACAUGCUUUUAACUUUUGCGUCCCUGGUGUGGGUCUUGCAUUACUUAAUGUAUUUGACUCCGUUAUAGUUUUUUGUCUUAGUCUUGUGUUGAAAGAGUGCUAUCAUGCAGUUUGACUCUACGAAACGCCGCAGCAUUUCUUUGGGUAAUCCAGUUUUCACUUCUAGUUAAAAUAAACAAGUCGAGAAUGGCCAUUAAUACUAGAAGUAGAAUUUAAAAGGAACAGACCUGUCCAGAUCUGAUAGCGUUACUUCUGAUAAUGAAUAAAGUAAAAAUGGAACCAACCCACAAAUUUAAAGCUUUAUUUAAAAAAAUCAAUCAGUUUUCACAACAUUCUUGUCAACUGUGAACUAUCCAACUUCUUUACCGGAUCCAAGCACAAAGAAAGUGCAUACCAAAAAAACUACUUUUUACCCACAACCUUGGAAAUAUCAAGAUUUUGUUGGCAUCUCACUCGAUUGAAUAAUAUUUGAAGGAUUUUGUACUGUAAAUAGAAAUUAUCGAGUGUAAAUUUUAUAUAAAUGUAUAUCAGAUUAUUGGUAACAUAGUUUCUCUUUUAACGAGUAUUUUCUUUGGUAUUUAGUACAAGCAGGUAAAGGAUUUCUCAUCUACAACAUUGCGCAUGACAAAUGCAUCUCAAUUGAAAAUGAAAACAUCACCACAAGAUCGUGCAAACCGUUCAUAGAUAAUCAAAGAUGGCGGUGGACACAAUAUAACCAACUUCAAAAUAUUCUCGAUCAAACAUGUCUCAGCGUACGUGAAACGCCAGUAAACUGGGUCCGUUUGAAAUUGUCCACGUGUAAUCGCCAUGACAAAUAUCAACUGUGGGUGUGCGUAAAUGACUUCGUCAGGUUAAAUGGCACAAUACUAAAUGUGAAUUAUGGCAAUCCCCAAGGAGGAGGCAAUGUUGUGUUAUACGAGGGCAUUCAGGGGUGGAGUAAGUGGAGAGUCUUUGGAGAAGACGUGCGUGUGUGCGAAGAACGGAAAGGUAUGUAGAAGACUAGGAUACCAAACGGAAGCGAAGUGCUGCCCGUUAAAGAUAAUUUCCACUCCUUUCUGCGCAUCAGUUCUGCUCGAAAAAAGGGGGGCCCCCAUGGAUAUAAACAUUCCCCAAAUUUUGCAUCUUUCGAACUUUUUUGAAUUGAAACGUAGAGUAACCAGAAAAGUGUUAGAUAUUCAGUUAGUAUAUCAUAUUUUACAAAUAUAGCAGUUCAAAACGUAAGCAAAGUUCGCGCAUGAGCAUAGAAGUGGACAUCAUCUCUAGACUCCUCAUAGGGAUAACACAGAGGAAAAUAAUAUACACUUAAUAUCUGCUUCCGAGCGAAAUAGUUUGUUUUGUUUUCCCAAGAAUCUCAAUGUUUCCCGAGAUGAAGUCGAGGAAAUUUGAAUCUUGUUUUUAAUUGUUUUUUUAUAUGCCCGUGGCCACCAGGUGUUCAUGUGAUCGACUUCAUUCUUUGACUUGUUUUGUAUUCCUUCUUUCUAUACGUAAUGUUUGAAGUUCAGUUCUGUUUCUUGUUAAAAUUAAUGGCAAUGCAUGCGAAUCAUUAAUUUGUAGUUACAUGUAAAUACUGUAUAAUGCUUUGACACUUAAAAAAUAGAAAUCAUUUUCCGUGUUUCUAUAGAGUUUUAGUAUAAAUUUCCAGGUGACUAUUGAUUUUUCUGCAUUCUGAUUGGUCAAGAUUCACUGUUUCUGAAGUGAUAGUCACUGGUCAGUGACUAUAGCUUUUUUUUUUCAAAAUGGCUGCUCGUUUUACCGUAGUAACAGAAGAGGAAAUUGCCAAAAUUAAAGAAGAUAGCAUUCCGAAAAAAACCAAACAAGCUACAAAAUAUGGUUUAAAAAUAUUUCAAGGUAAAAUAUUAAAGUUUACGUGCUUUUAUUUGGAAAAAAACUGGCUUAGUCGCAACCCGACACAGAGCUGUGUCUGAGAUUUAAAUUUUGUAAACAAACUAUUUAUAGUGAAAAUAAAUGUAUUUGAAGUGAAUUUUUAUAAAGUUGUGUGGAUUAUUGUUUGUAAACACCUGAAAAUUUUUACUAAAACAAUUAGUCGCCUCAGGCUCGGUGAUUACAAGCCUAUAUUCACUUCGCCUUCGGCUCAGUGAAUAUAGGCUUGUAAUCACCUCGCCUUCGGCGACUAAUUGUUAAAUAGAAACACUUGUGGAAGUUUGGGAGAAACGAUAAAUUGGGUGGAAACACAAACACGAAGUGCAAGUGUUUCCACACAAUUUCGAGUUUCCCUCAAACUUCCACAAGUGUUUCUAUAACUCUAUAGGAAGACGGAAAAUUGUUUUCUAUUUCUUCUAAACAGCCUUUUAAAAACAACAAAAAAGAUAAAUUUAUUGAUUUUAAUUACAUUCACCCAAAUAUUAAUUCUAUCUUAAUAUACGUUCGUGUAAAGAAUAAUUAAAGCAUAGCCAAGUAAACUAGAAUACAUGCAUGCUGCAAGCCUUCGCCUAUAUUUUCCAAACACUGAAUUAGCAUGAAGUAUUCGGGAAUGGCCAACAUUGAACGCAGGCUCGCGUUCAAGUGUUGCCAUGACAACACGAUAUUUUUAAAUUUUCAAUUUUUCAAUAUUUUUUUGUACAUUUUUUUGAAAUGUUCAUUCAACUACUAAACUACAUUUGCCGAUAAACUGUUUUAUUUACUUAAUGAAACAUUAAGUUCAAAUUGUUAGCCAGUAAGGUAAUUUCAGUGCCGUCUUCAAAUCAAUUUGCCCUCCUUUACAUUUUAAUUUUUUUCUUAUAUUAAACAGGUGGUAACUUAGGAAACUCACAGCUUUGUUGGAAAGGAAAACAGUUCAUGUUUUAGGCAAAAAGUAAAGCCGUAAAGCAACAAAAUUCAUAAACAUUAAACAUUCAAACAAACUUGCCCCAUAUUUCACAUUUCCCAUAGUAAAUAAAUUCUUCUCAUUUCUUCAAACAAAAAUUAGUUCAAAGCUCUUGUAUAUGAACGAUUUUCCAAAUAUUUGUCUUUGAAAAUUGAAAUUUUCCUUAUUUCACUCGUGGCAAUUUGCCAUAUUUUUGAGAUCAGUGAGGAGGUCCACCCUUGAUCAUAGCCAUGCGCCCACGAUAUUUGAUGAACUUUAGACUUCGCUAGUGCGUUCCUUUCCCCGGGUGUAAAUGGCCGGACGGAAUUAGUACCCUUGCCCCGGGCUUACCCCAGGAACGGCGCUCCGCGCCGUUGGCUCGGGGACAAGUAUAUCUCUGUCAAAACAACAGACAACACUUUUUAACAGGCUUAAAUCGCUUAAUACUUUAUUAAAGUAUAUGGUUCGCUCAACAACGUACAUGCUUGCAAAGAAAGCAUUGUCAAUGCUGCCAUUGUUUUAAAUAGUUAGUAACGUUUAAACAUGAUUAAAAACGAUAGUAAACAUGAUUAAAAACGUUGCGAGGAAAUAUUUAUUUUAAAAAAGACAAAGUAAAAUUAAAAUAUCUUACCUUGAUAAACAGUCAAACGGAUACAACGUAUGCUGUAUUAUACUUUGUACUUUAGGUCUUUGUUUUCUAAGUUUGCCAGCGUUGCCUUUUUUGUUUGUAAAUAUUGUUUGUAUUUUGUCUUUUAAAAUCCCACGCAAUCCACCCAACCCGCGUGAAAAUUCCCUGCGUUUCUAUCGAGUUAUAGAAACACGGGUUUUUUUAGCUUUUGACCAAACAGGGUCCAUGUUUUUAAAAGGCUAUUUUAUAAUUACCAAUAGUAAACAUGAAACAAUGUUUAAUGGAACAUGUGGGCGAGGGGUUGUUACAUGCAUGUAUUUCUAGUUGCACUAGUAUUGACGCAGCAGUAUGAAAUGAUGGAAGGUGUAAAGUUAACAAGCUAUUCUAUUAUGCUGUUUUAUUGUGCUAGUUUACCAUGUUUUUGCUUAAUACAAUUUCUAGCAACAUCAACACCAGGAGGAAAUACGACAACACCUUUUACAAGGACACUACAUACAACUACAGGUAAGUACUUGUAGAUUGAAUUUGUUAAAAAAUAAAUUAGAUCUUCAGAAAAUCUUUCUGAUCGCGUAUACCCUAGUCGUGAAGGACUGUUACAAUUAAGAGGGUCCUAAAGAAGAGUCUAGAUCCCAUUUCCCAGUGCUCUUUUUUCUAAAUUUUUUACCAAAUCCAAAUCUAAUUUUUUUACCAGUUUUUUACCAAAUCUUAGUUCAAGCUGUAAACUUUAAAGGCAUCUAUUCCUGAUCCUACCUCUUAACUACAUUUUCCCCACAAUUUUGUAGAUUAUAAAAUUUGUAGAUUGUAAAAAAUACUCGAUUCUGAUUGGCUAAGAGGAGUACAUUUUGCAAAGCAGUACCAAGAAACAAAAUAGUGCCAGAAAAUACGGUGCCAAAAAACGAAAUACGAGCAAGCGCCAAAACAAAAGACAUUUCGAUUUAAAGUUUCGACUUUUGACAUUCGAAAACUUGUAUUUAGUUGUUGUGCCAUUCAAAUGAGUGACUAAAUUAUUCAUUUCGCACCUGUUUAAUGCAUGCAAGUUACAAUGAAGUAAACUUUUUUCAUCAAUAUUAUUCAUACUGUACUUAGUAAUAGUACAUUCCUUCGUCCAAUUUAGCGGAAAAACAAAGCUCGCGAGCAAAGAAAACCUGCGUUCAGUGUAAUGUUGCAGUCAAUUAAGGAUGCUUCAUGUUGAAAAAAUGUUUGGAACAUGUGGGCGAGGGGUUGUUGGAUGCAUGCAUGCAUGCAUGUAUUUCUAGUUGCAAUAGCAUAAAUGCAACAGUAUGAAAUGAUGAAAUGUGCAAAAUUAAUAAGUUAUUCUAUUAUCCUGUUUUAUUGUGCUAGUUUACCUUAUGGUUGCUUAAUAUAAUUUCUAGUAACAACACCACCAUGGGGAAAUACGACAACACCUUCUCCAGUUACAUCACCUACAACAGCAGGUAAGUGCUUGAAUAUUGAAUGGUUAAAAAAUAUAUUAAAUCUUCAAAAAAUCUUCCUGAUCGCGUAUACCUCAUUCGUGAAGGACUGUUACAAUUAAGCUGGAUUAGUGCUAACCCCGGGUUACAAUUUUACGCGCUGUUUUGGUUUCAUCUUGCAAUUUAUUAACAAAAAUCUUGUCAUCUCUUGCCGACGUAUAGUAACAUGUUCAGCAAAGCGAACCUUUCGAUAAAGUUCCAGAUUAUAUGAAGCUCAAUCUUCGUUGACAAAAAACCCUCUCUUCUCUUUUAACUUUCUACGAUUUCUAAUUAUAGAACCUUUUCCUUAGCACGAUAACAUUUGAAUUUAACAAAGACAAGAAACAGGACGAGUUCUGUUGCAAAAAAAUGAGACAGCUUCAUAGCAAUAUUCUUCAUCAAUUUCUUCAAUGCCAGAUAUUCUAUGGUUAUACUUUCAGGAGUAUUGUUCAGCAGCAUUUACUAGUAGUAGUGAAAAGGUCGUAAUGUGCUUGCUCUUAUCCAAACAUUUUUGCGAAGGCUAGCACACAUAACGUAACAAGAUAUUCUAUUAUGUUGUUUGAUUGGCAGUGCUAGUUUACCUUCUAUUUGUUUAAUAUAAUUUCUAGCAACAACACCAGGAGCAAAUACGACAACACCUUCUCCAACUACAUCACCUACAACAACAGGUAACUAGGCCUACUUGAAUAUUAAAUGGUCAGAAAGUAAAACAAAUCUUCAGAAAAUCUCUCUGAUCGCGUAUACGCUAGUCAUGAAGGACUUCAAGUAAGAUGGUUUCGAGGAGGGAUCUAGAUCCCAUUUCCCAUGCAGUCCACUUUUUUUCUAAAUCCCAUUUCCCAACUAUUUUUUUACCAAAUCUUAGUUCCAGCUGUAAAGUUAAAAGGUAUCUUCUUCUGAUCCUACCUGAGAGAUGUCAUGUGUUGCACGCUUGCAUCAUUUUGAGGAGCGAAUUUUGACUCAGUAGUUGUUUGGGCAUGUCCCUGGUCUGAGUCUUGCAUUACUUAAUGUACUAUUGUUCCCAGUAAACUGCGAAACGACCGUUUUUUAAGCGGUUUGUCAGUGACAGUUUUGUCAAUUACGAAGGAAAUAUUUGUGUACCUCGUGAUCACAAUUUGUUGCAAGCGGCGUGUGAAAAACUGUCAGUUUCAGUUUGACAGUUCUGACAGUUAAAUGAGUUUCUAAUUUUAUUUUCCAAUCAGAUGCGUAGUUUUGAAUUUUAAAUCAAAUCUACGCACCUGAUUGGACAAUAAAAUUAGAAACCAUUUAACUGUCAGAACUAUCAAACUGAAACUUGCAGUUUUUCACACUCCGCUUGCAGCGAAUUGUGAUCACGAGGUACACAAAUAUGUCCUUCGUAAAAAAACGCUCGUUUCGCAGUUUACUGGGAACAAUAGUAUUUGACUCUGUUAUAGUUUUGUUUCUACGAAACGCCGCAGAAUUUCUUUGGGUAAUCCAAAUUUCACUUCUAGUUAAAAUAAACCAAUGGAGAAUAGCCAUUAACACUAGAAGUAGAAUUUAAAAGGAACAGACUAGAUCUGAUAACGUUACUUCUGAUGAAUAAAGUAAAAAUGGAACCAACCUGCAAAUUUAAAGCUUUAUUUCAAAAUAAUCAAUCAGUUUUCACAACAUUCUUGUCAACUGUGAACUAUCCAACUUCUUUACCGGAUCCAAGCACAAAGAAAGUGCAUACCAAAAACAGCUUUUUACCCACAACCUUGGAAAUAUCAAGAUUUUGUUGGCAUCUCACUCGAUUGAAUAAUAUUUGAAGAGUUUUGUACUGUAAAUAGAAAUUAUCGAGUGUAAAUUUUAUAUAAAUGUAUAUCAGAUUAUAGCUAACAUGAUUUCUCUUUUAACGAGUAUUUUCUUUGGUAUUUAGCACAAGCAGAUAAAGGAUUUCUCAUCUACAACAUUGCGCAUAACAAAUGCAUCUCAAUUGAAAAUGAAAAGAUCACCGCAAAAUCGUGCAAACCACUGACAGAUAAACAAAGAUGGCGGUGGACACAAUAUAACCAACUUCAAAAUAUUCUCAAUCAAACAUUUCUCAGCGUACGUGAAAUGCCAGUAGACUGGGUCCGCUUGAAAUUGUCCACGUGUAAUCGCCAUGACAAAUAUCAAGUGUGGGUGUGCGUAAAUGACUUAGUCAGGUUAAAUGGAACAAUACUAAAUGUGAAUUAUGGCAAUGCCCAAGGAAGAGGCAAUGUUGUGUUGUACCAGGGGAUUAAGAUGUGGAGUAAGUGGAGAGUCUAUGGAGAAGACGUGCGUGUGUGCGAAAAACGGAAAGGUAUAUUGAAGACUAGGAUACCAAAAGGAAGCGAAGUGCUACCCGUUAAUUUAAAGAUGAUUCCCACUCCGUUAUGCGCAUCAGUUCUGCUCAUAAUAAAGGGAGACCCCCACCGAUAUAAACAUUGCCCAAAUGUAGAGUUUAUAUUCAUUUACAAGCAUAGCGAACCAGAAAAGUGUUAGAUAUUCAGUUAGUAUAUCAUAUUUUACAAAUAUAGCAGUUCAAAACGUAAACAAAGUUCGCGCAUGCGCACAGGAGUGGACAUCAUCUUUAACCUGCUCAUGGGCAUAGCACACAGGGAAAUAAUAUACACUUAAUGUCUGCUCCCGAGGGAAAUAGAAAAACCAAAACUAUAUAAUCUAUAACUCACAGUGGCCAAAGUCUAUUCAACUGCUGUCUUCACUCGGAGCGCCGCAGAUACAUGUAAGUAGAGUUGUCUUGUGUUGUACAAUUGAAUCAUUUCAAGGAGCGAGUUUUCAUUCGACAGUUGUUAGGGCAUGUGCACAUGCUUCUAACUUUUGCAUCUCUGUUCUAGGUCUUGCAACGCUUAAUGUAUUUGACUUCGUUAUAGUUUUGUCUUAAUCGUGUGUUUGGGUAAUCCAGUUUUCGCUUCUAGAUAAAGUAUAAUUCUGUAAACUUAAAAGGUAUCCUCUUCUGAUCCUAUAUACCUUAAUGUUGACAAUCUCUCCUAUAACAUAUAAUUAUAUAAUUUUCAUGCUUACCCAAACAUGCAUGUCUGUUUUAUUAAGUAUUUUCCUUGUAUUACUUCUAUCAUUAUGCUGUUGUAUGUUUUGAGUGUUUUACAAUACUUGCACUUUUACCACACCUUCACUUUUGGUCCAACUUUACUGCUUUACAACCUGAAUGCAACAACCGUGUUUUUCCAAAUACAACUUGUGACAAUUAAAAUUUACCUGUGUGAAACGUUGUUAAAUUAAGAAUGUUUGUCCGAACGUCACUUUACGACUGGCUGUGGUACGACCUUCGUGAAACGUAAAAGUGCACUACAUUGUUUUUUAUAUGCCAGUGGCCACCAGGUGUUCAUGUGAUCGACUUCAUUCUUUGACUUGUUUUGUAUUCCUUCUUUCCACACGUAAUGUUUGAAGUUCAGUUCUGUUUCUUAUUAAAAUUAAUGGUAAUGCAUGCGAAUCUUUAAUUUGUAGUUAAAUGUAAAUACUGUAUAAUGUAUAAUGCUUUAACACUUACCAAUAGUAAACAUGAAACAAUGUUUAAUGGAACAUGUGGGCGAGGGGUUGUUGAAUGUAUGCAUUUCUAGUUGCAUUAGUAUAAAUGAAGCAGUAGUUCUAUUAUCCUGUUUUAUUGUGCUAGUUUACCUUCUAGAAUUAUGGAAAACUAUAUUCAUGUUUCUAAACAGACUGUUGGGAAGAUUGCUUUGAGAUUGUUGUUAAUUAACCUAGCAUUAAGGUGACCAGCUUUUGAAAAAACGACCCCUGUUUAACUGUGUAGUUUACCUUAUGUUUGCUUAACAUAAUUUCUAGCAACAUCCACACCAGGAGGAAAUACGACAACACCUUCUCCAACCACACUGCCUACAACAACAGGUAAAUACUUGAAGAUUGAAUUUGUUAAAAAAUAAAUUAAAUCUUCAGAAAAUCUCUCUGAUCGCCUAUACCCAGUCGUGAAGGACUGUUACAAUUAAGAGGGUCCUAAAGUAGGGGCUAGAUCCCAUUUGCCAGUCCUCUUUUUUCUAAGUCCCAUUUUCCAACCAAUUUGUUUACCAAAUCUUAGUUAAAGCUGUAAACUUGAAAGGUAUCUUCUGAUCCUACCUCUUAACUACAUUUUCCCCCCACAACUUUGUAGAUUGUAAAAUUUGUAGAUUGUAAAAAAUACUUGAUUCUGAUUGGCUAAGAAGAGUACAACUUUACAAAGCAUUACCAAGAAACGAAAUAGUGCUAGAAAAUACAGUGCUAAAAAAAAAGAAAUACGUAUCAGAAAAUACAGUGAUAAAAAAAGAGAAAUACGUGGCAAACGCCAAAACAAAAGACAUUUCGAUUUAAAAUUUCGACUUUUCACGUUCGAAAACUUGUAUUUAGUUGUUGUGCCCUUCAAAUGAAUGAGUGAGCAAAUUAUUCAUUUCGCACGUGUUUACUGCAUGUAAGUUACAAUGAAGUUGCUUCUGCAUGAAUUUUUUUUCAUCAAUAUUAAUACUUUAUUGGUAAUAGUACAUUCUCUCGUCCAAUUUAGCGGAAAAACAAACACUCGCAAGCAAGGAAAACCCGCGUUCAUUGUAAUGUUGGCGUCAUUUAAGAAUACUUCAUGUUGAAACAAUGUUUGGAACAUGUGGGCGAGGGGUUGUUACAUGCAUGCAUGCAUGUAUUUCUAGUUGUAAUAGCAUAAAUGCAGCAGUAUGAAAUGAUGGAAUGUAUAAAAUUAAUAACCUAUUCUAUUAUCCUGUUUUAUUGUGCUAGUUUACCUUCUGGUGCUUAAUAUAAUUUCUAGUAACAAUACCACCAUGGGGAAAUACGACAAUACCUUCCCUAGCUACACCACCUACAACAACAGGUAAGUACUUGAAUAUUGAAUGGUUAAAAAGUAUAUUAAAUCUUCAGAAAAUCUUCCUGAUCGCGUAUACCCCAGUCGCGAAGGACUGUUGCAACUAAGCUGGAUUAGUGCUAACCUUGGGUUACAAUUUUACGCGCUGUUUUUGUUUGAGUACAUUUGCACUUCCGUUUAAUUCAAACCUUUGGAAAAUAAAACUUUUAUUGAUCCAGGCAUGAAUUUUUAUUGAUACAGGCAUGAUGGAAAACUAUAUUCAUGUUUCUAAACUGGCUGUUGGGAAAAUUGCUGUGAGAUUUUUGUUAACCUAGCACUAAAGUGACCAGCUUUUGAAAAACACGGCCCCUGUUUAACUGUGUAGUUUACCUUAUGUUUGCUUAAAAUAAUUUCUAGCAACAUCAACACGAGGAGGAAAUACGACAACAACUUAUCCAACCACACUACCUACAACAACAGGUAAGUACUUGAAGAUUGAAUUUGUUAAAAAAUAAAUUAAACCUUCAGAAAAUCUUUCUGAUCGCGUACACCCUAGUCGUGAAGGACUGUUACAAUUAAGAGGGUCCAAAAGUAGGGUCUAGAUCCCAUUUCCCCAGUCCUCUUUUUUCUAAAUUCCAUUUUCCAACCAAUUUUUUUAAAUCUUAGUUCAAGCUGUAAACUUGAAAGGUAUCUUCUCCUGAUCCUACCUCUUAACUAUACAUUUACCCACAACUUUGUAGAUUAAUAAUGUACUAAAAAAUACUAGAUUCUGAUUGGCUAAGGGGUACACAAUUUUGCAAAGCAGUACCAAGAAACAAAAUAGUGCCAGAAAAUACAGUGCCAAAAACAAAUACGUGGCAAGCGCCAAAAAAAAAAGACAUUUCGAUUUUUCACAUUCGAACACUUGUAUUUAAUUGUUGUGCUAUUCAAAUGAGUGAGUAAAUUAUUCAUUUCGCACGUGUUUAAUGCACGCAAGUUACAGUGAAGUUGCUUCUGCAUGAAUUUUUUUUCCAUCUAUAUCAUUCAUACUUUAUUAGUAAUAAAUUUCUCGUCCAAUUUAGCGGAAAAAACACUCGCGAGCAGAGAAAACCUGCGUUCAGUGUAAUGUUAUAAUUGGCGUCAAUUAAGAAUACUUGCAUGUAUUUCAAUUCUAGUUGCAUACAUGCAUGUAUUUCUAGUUGCAAUAGCAUAAAUGCAGCAGUAUGAAAUGAUGGAAUGUGUAAAAUUAAUAAGCUAUUCUAUUAUCUUGUUUUCUUGUGCUAGUUUAACCUCUGCAUGCUUAAUAUAAUUUCUAGCAACAACACCAGGAGGAAAUAUGCCGACAAUACCUUCGCUAGCUACACCACCUACAACAACAGGUAAGUACUUGGAUACUGAAUGGUUAAAAAAUAAAUUAAAUCUUCAGAAAAUCUUCUUGAUCGCGUACGACCCAGUCGUGAAGGACUGGUACAAUUAAGCUGGAUUAGCGCUAAGCCCAGGUUACAAUUUUACGCGCUGUUUUAGUUCGCGUACAUUUGCACUUGUGUUUAUUUCAAACCUUUGGAAAAUAAAGCUUCUAUUGAUCCAGGCAUGAAUUAUGGAAAACUAUAUUCAUGUUGCUAAACAGACUGUUGGGAUUAGUGCUUUGAGAUUGCCGUUAAAAUAGCAUUAAGGUGACCAUUGACCAGCUUUUGAAAAGCUCGUCCCUGAUUAAUUGUGUAGUUUACCUUCUGUUUGCUUAAUAUAAUUUCUAGCAACAUCAACACAAGGAGGAAAUACGACAACACCUUCUCCAGCUAUACCAAUAGGUAGGUGUCAGGGUGCGAUAAUUCGUGUACUUAUUACGGUCUGGUUCUUCUUUGUUUUCAGCCACGUACCAUGUAGGUACGCGGAACUCUUGCUAUCUGCGUACUUACUUUUUGCUAAUACCACAUGACCUUUCCAAGCCCAAGGUAUUCAUAAUUUCAUACUGCAGUUUAGUUGGUAUAUCAUGUGUCUGAGAUGUCUUGACUUGAAACAUGAUUGGACUGAUGGCACUAAGAAAUGUUGGAGUCGAUUGUUUGUGUACAAUAUGCGUUUGUUUAUAUCUGAACAUACAGUACUUUUCAGAAACCUGUACUUUAUGAACAUUUAUUUUAAUGACUGUAAGUAUACAUUGAGUACUGCGUUUGUACUAGCGCAAGUACGCGGCAACAACCAUGGGCGUACCAGUCAAAUACGACCAAAAAUAUUGAAUUAUCGCACCCUGCAGGGUAUAUUUGAAGACUGAAUGGUUAAAGAACGAAUUAAAUCUUCAGAAAAUCUUCCUAAUCGCGUAUGCCCCAGUCAUGAAAACCUACUGCUAUACAAUUUGGGGUAUAGAUCUCAGUAGUUGCAUCUCCAGCAACAAAAGCGUUGUUAUAGAUCUGAUAGCGUUACAUAUGACAAUGAAUAAAGAAAAAUCAAUGGUUUAUUUCAAAAUAAUCAUUCAGUUUUCACAAACUCCUUGUAAACUGUGAAAAGGCCAAAAGUAGCAAAAAGGCCAGUUAUUUGGCCUGCAAGAGCAACUUACCAACCCUGACGCCAGUCUAUAAUAAACCAUCUCCCCUGAAAGUACAAAAAUGGGUGUUUGUUGCACAUUUACGUGCCUUGCAUUUGUUUAGAUUGGCGUCCAACUUCGUUAACGGAUCCAAGCACAGAGAAAGUGGAUACCAAAAGCGACAAGGGCAUACUUUAUGCACUGUACAAAGAGGCAAGAGAAUAUAUAAAAUAUUAUGUACAGUAG